ACGAAGCGCAAUGGAAAGAACGCGGUCUCUCAAUGGCUUCCCAAUGGUACCCCGUCGGACAUGGCAUGCACCAUCCUAAUAUCCUAGAGGCAGAAUUGGAUGAAUCCCUAAUUGGGCUAGGAACAGACUGUCUUGACAUCUCAACCUUCACGGGCCGGAUCACAGCAGAAACGCCCCAAGCUGCAGAUAAGCUGUACCGCACGGGCAAGCUCAGCAACUCGGGCUUAGCAAUUUUUAGUUUGUGCGGAACCGUCAAUACAGUAAGUGAGAUGGAUCAUUGAAUAAGGACUAUAGAUGAAUUCCAGACCCAGACAGUGUCCUCCCAUAUUCUAAUUCCUCAAGGACAACUUGCACAUCAGCGCAGGCUUCUCCCACAAAGUGAAAGUCUUCUGAUUCGACCAUUGGCGACUAUCCUCGCAAAGCUCCAGAUCAAAGUUCCACAACAGACGAGUAAUAAUGACUCGCAUUUCCGCAAAAGCCAGAUUCCUUCCGAUGCAGUUCCUCGGCCCAGUAGAGAAUGGUUGGAGCACUUCUCUGUUAUCAGAGUAGAAUGGUGAAGAUGGGUCUGUUUUGGCUUCUGGUAGCCACCG